CAUUUAUGCAUACUAAUUAACCUUAAUCUUCCUGAUUAUCCAUCAGGGCAUUAAUCUUCGUUAAUGUAAUGUGAGCUAUAGAGGACAAGUUUGGAGAGAUGGUCAACCUAUACAAGGCAUCAACAUGUCGGGGAGACAGUACACAAUGAUGGACUACCCUAGAAUCAGUUCACCUUCAGGAAGUGGAUUUUCCAUGAUGCAGUUUUUGUUGGGAGCUGCUCUAGGUUUUGCAUUGGGCUCCAUCGUCGGCAUCAUGUGGUGGGAGGGUCGCAACGAGGCACAGAAAGACAAGUUCCGGCGAGAAGUGGACAAUACGUUGGACACCCUUCAGAACAAACUGCAGAGCCUCAAGAUGAGCCGAUGAGAAAUGUUAUUAUUCACCUGAUUUACUCUGUGUGGACUAUUGUCAUGAUGAACAAAAUAAAGAUGGCAACUUCAUGAAUUGUUGAA